CACCAGGACAGGGGAGAGGUAGACUUUGAGUUCUAGCCCACAGAUGCACAGUGAAACAGUAGACGUUCCCUCAUGCAUUUUUAACAGCUCAGCAGGUGAUGGGAACAGUUUUCUUGGAACACUGUGUCCACAGAUAGUGACCGGCUGAUCAGGUGAGUGCAAACCUCCGUUUAUUUUCUAAUGCUACACAGUAUAAGAGAAGCAGCACUUGUGAACUAACUGCAAGGUUCUUAUAAUUUAUCUUAAAAUAAAAUAAAAAAGGCAACAGUCUGUAUCAGCAAAGUGUCUCCUCUAAUUCCAGAAAAUGAUCGUAAGGAUGAGUUGGGUUGAAUUCAAGAAAAGAAGUUGUGUUUUAAAAUGAAAAGCUUCAUAUAUUUCUUUCUUUCUUUCUUUAGGUGUGAAUGACGCGCUUUGCGUUUAAUCGGCAGGACGUACCAAUCAUCAGCUGUGCUGCUCUCUCUGAAAAACGCGACUCUGCAGUGACCAUUAGAGCGAUUUGACACGUCCGGUGACCUUUAAUCCUGCAUGUGAAAAGACUAACCCCUAAAGUGGGAUGCCUGGAGCCAGCGGUACCAACGCAGACGGCUCCUGUGAAGCUUUGUGUCGAACGUUGGUGUCUCAGAACGGCCUCCAGAGGGAAACGGCCGACAUCUCCCAGUCCGUCCUCUACACGUCACUCAUGGGUCUGCUGCUGGUGACUGAUGAGGAGCAGCAUCUCAGUGUAGGAAGUGGAAGAGUCGGUCUUAGAAACAUUGGAAACACAUGUUUCCUGAAUGCAAUAGUCCAGUGUUUGUCUCACACACGAGGACUACGGGAUUACUGUCUCCACAAGUCCUACAGGCAGGAGAGGUUCUCCAAAGAAGAAGCUAAACUCAUGGAUGCUUUCCAUCAGGUGCUGUCAGGCCUGUGGGACGUCAACGGGAGCGGCACAGUGGUAAAUCCACGACAGUUCUACAGUGUUUUCAAAGAAGUGGUGCCUUACUUCAGUGGCUACAGUCAACAGGAUGCUCAGGAGUUCCUCAGGUUUCUUCUGGACAAGCUGCACACAGAAAUCAACCGACGGCCGUAUGUUCGACGAACGGGGAAAGAGCCUGAACAAAAAUAUGUCAAAUUCAGGAUUGCCGAAGAGGCUGCUGCCAUGUGGAAGAAGCACUUGGAGAGAGAUGACAGUAAAAUAGUAGACCUGUUCUCUGGACAGCUGCGCAGCUCCCUGCAUUGUUCAGUGUGCUCUCACUCCUCCACCACCUUCGACGUGUUUUGCGAUCUGUCGCUGCCCAUUCCCAAAACAAGCUCAGCUGGGGAGGUCACGCUGAAGGAGUGUCUCGACCUCUUUUCCCAGGAGGAGAAACUGGACAGAGAGAAUUCUCCAAUGUGUGAGAGGUGUAAGAGGCGGACAGAGAGCACCAAGCGGCUGUCCAUUCAGAGGUUUCCACAGGUCAUUGUGAUCCAUUUGAAACGUUUUACAACCUCACGGUGGUCCAUCAGUAAAAGCACAGUGUGUGUGUCCUUCCCACUCACUAAUCUGGACCUGGGACCUUACGGACCUGUUGACUGCGGUAAUAUUGCACCUCCUUGACUCAGUACUUUUUUUCAC